GAAAUUACAGGAUAAGAAGCACACACAACAUUUUUAAACGCAGGGAAAACACAGCCCUCCAUGAAGCUCAAAUGAUAUUUUAUCCUAGACUUUCUGUCCGUGACCUCAGCUGUGAAAAGCAAAUUCUUUGCCCAUCCCUUGCCUCCUGGGCAGCCCUGCAUCCACCUGCCCCCCCGGUAUUUUAUCUCAGACUUUUUGUCCAUGAAUUCAGCUGUGGAAAAUUAAAUGCUUUGCCCAUCGCAAGGCUCCCGCCCCGCAGCAUUCUCUCCGCACACCAGGAGAGGGUGCCAAGCCCCCGGCUCUGCGCGGAUCCACCGGGAGAAGCCGGCUCCGAGCCGCCCGUCUCCAAGGGCUGCAAUGAAAACACCAACCAGCGCGCCCCAGAUUUAACGGGAAAGCUCUUUUUUUUUGGACCCAAAGCUGCUCAAGUGUCCUUAUCUCUGUUUCACCGGUAACGGCACUAAGUGCCCGAGAAGCAGCUGAGGACUUUAGGGCAGGAUAAAUGUAUUUUUUGGGCUAUAUUUCUUAAAGGAUUUGUCUCUUUUUGGCUUGCGGCUGGUGGACGUGGGUACCGCUCGGGGGAAGAGCCGAGCUUCUGGGAAUGGGGAAAACCCGGUGAGAUCUGCGAGGCAAGAGCAUAAGAAAUCAAUUCCCGUUGCAAAGCGACAAAGAAGGUUUAGCGGGAAUAAAACCUGGCUGAUCCAUGAAGUUUCAGAGCGGCUGUGAGCGAAAAAUCCAUCUGCAACUGGGAGGCGCAGCUCUUAUACCUGAAGUGCGAGCCCAGAUCGUCGGGACGAGCUGGGAGAAAGCUGCGAGGCUCAAGGAUCCCCUCGACGCUCUCGGGGCAGCAGAGCAGCGAGAGGCUGCGGCCACGCGUGGGGUUUAAACCCUCCCAUGGUGACAAACCCCCCGCGUGUCCCUGCCGGGGAGGCUGGAGCCGCAGCAUCGCCGCCCGCGGGCACCGGGGAGGGGGAGAACGUUAAAGAUACCGGCAGGAACGCAACGACUCUUUAGUCCGUAGGGGAAAACGGCCUGAAAGCCCCCCACCGGUGCGCGCAGGUGGAAGGGACCCCGCUGCAUCCCGGGGCUCGGCCGAUGCUGCCGGUGCCGGGGGCGGCGCGGGGCUCGGGCUCCCUGCCCCGCCGGCGCACCAUGUGCAGCGGGGUCGGCUGCUUCUGGGCGCUGCUCUCCGCCGCCCUCCUGGCCGCCUGCUCCGCCGCUUUCCUCUCCCCGGCCUGGCUGCUACCGCCCGGCCGCGCCUCCGCCGGUUUCGGCUUGUUCUGGCGCUGCUCCGGGCCGCCCCGCGGCUGCCACGGCUCCGCCGGACCCGGCGGCUUCGGAGACAUCCCCUCCGGCUCCUGGCAGACAAGCGCCGUGCUGUGUGCGGGUGGCUGUGCCCUCCUGGCCCUCAGCGCGCUACUGGCCAUCGUCGCCAUCCUGCUGCCCAGCGGAGCCUGCGAGAAACGAGUCUGCACCCUGGCUGGCUACAUGCAGACAGCAGCAGUGUUCAUUAUGGCUUCUGGGCUUUUGGUUUACCCUUUUGGUUUCAACUCUGCUACUGUGAAGAGAUUCUGUGAGAAUUCAGACAUCUACUAUGCAGGAGACUGCCAGAUUGGAUGGGGGUACAUGCUGGCAAUUGUCGGGGUUAUGUUGUCUGUCUUUUUACCAUUCUUUGCAAAAUAUGCACCAAAAGAGCACAUAUCUCCAACUCCAAUACCUACUAUUUUAUAGUAUUUUGUUACUGUUUAAGAACAGAGCAUUCCUGUCUACAGGCAAUGGGCAGCAAUUAUUAUAGCACUUCCAUUUAGCUGUAUUGCUAAAGAGAGAAAGGAGAUGGGGAAGAGAAGGUCAGAUUCACAAAGACCAAAAGUGCAUUGAUAGUCUUCCGUGAGAAUGAGCAGUGAACACUCUGGAACUGAAAUAAGAUUAAUCAGCAGCCUUUUUACUGCUCGAAACAUAGUGGCAUAAUGCCUUAGACAACAAAAAUCUGUUUAUCCUCAAAACAUCUGUCUACCUCCCAGUUUCUUUUGUGUCUCAAAAUCGUCUGUUAAAAGCUUCAGUUCACUUUUUAUAUACUAUGUCAAAACUUUUAUGUACCCAAUAAUUUAAAAACCAACCAUAAUAUUUUGUUACAGUUAUUUUGAUUAGUGAAAAAGCACCUACUAGCAGCCAUGGCCUAAAAUUAAGCCUGAUAUCUAAAAAGAACUGUAUAUGAGAAAUAAGUUUAUUUUAAUCUGCGUGUACCAGUAGCAUCUGCAUAUUGUGAGUUGUCGGCACAAUUUUUAAUACUGAUCUAAUCUUCAAGAUUUAUAGCCAUCUUCAUGAAGACUGGCAUAAAAUUUAGAUGACUUUUUUUUCAGAGAGAUCCAGCUACUUCCAAAGGCUUCAUGAGGAUUUAGUAGUUUAGGAACGGAGGGGAUAAAUGGUAAAAAUUUAUUUUCAGCACUGCUUAAAUUAUAAUGUUAGGACUUUUACAAAAUUAUCCAAACUAUUACAACUGUAGAUUUUGGGGUUUCUGGUUUGUUUUAUAAGGCAGAAAAGAAAAAACGCUGUUUACAAAAAGGUGUGUGCCCAAUGCCCUUGUAUGCGGUGAGAAUACAAGGCAGAAUGAACCAGGUUCUACUAUUUCCAUUACCAUUAAGAGCCCAUUAUUGUAAAAAAAACAAAAAGUGAAAUGAAAUGCUACUGGACACGACAAAUAAGAAUCUGAGUCCAUGUCAGAACUAGCAAAUGGCCAUAUUUCAUGGGUUUGUAUAUGAAAUUUGUGAAGUCUGAUUUCCACAAUAGCACUGAAUUCAUUACUAUCAAGCAUUGAAAUACAUGCACUUGAUUGCCUUAAGCAAAAAACACAUUGGGUUGUAAUCGCACCCCACUGUUAUGUUUUUUCAUUUAAAAAAAAUUAAUUCUAAUUCUAGUCUCAUCUUUUAUUUUCUAUUAUUUAUUUAAAAAAACAAGAAAUAAUCACAUAGAUUAUAUUUAAUUCAGAGCCAUACUUCUUAGUUUUGUGUUUUGGCACAAACCAAGUGAUUGAUUUAUUAUUCUUCACUGAGCUGAGUCCAACUGAUUCCUGAAUUUCUUUUCUUUUAAUGGAAAGUGUACAUGAAGGGACAGACAGAGGCACGUUGAGGAUGUAUAAGAAAAUGCAAACAGAUAGAACAAUCACUGUGUUAUUUUAAUAAAUGUCAGAGACUUCUGCAGGCUUGUUUACAUUCCUCACCCUUCUAAAAAUCAAUGUAACAUGGCAUUGUUUUCCAAAAUAAUUGCCUGUUGUUACAUUUUCAUGCACUCUAAAAGCAAAUCCUGCACAUAAACUUAGCAAGUUCCAUUGCUAAUCUCUGAUAUUACAGAUCUCAAUGUAGAAUUAAGUACACUGAGAAAGAGAGUGUAAGCAUGUGCAACGCGUUUUUGCUCGCAGUUUCUAAGGAAUUAAUAUCUCUAAAGCAAGAAGAAUAAAUUUCAGUCACUUCUGUAUAGUAAUGUACUUUUCAGUAAUGUCUUAUACUUUUUUUAAUGAAUGGCUGAAAUUGGCAAUUUUCACAUAAGAGUCAGAAAAGUGAGGAAUAACAAACAACGUUUAAAAAGAAAAUCAUCACCGCAAAGUAGAAAGACAGAGAUGCAGGCUUUUCUUUCCUAACCAACCUGUGCCUUUACACUAGAACCAUUAUACAAGACAGGAUCACUAUGAUUAAAAAAAGCAAAACAAGCAACAACUGCAAAAUGUUGAUUAAUGUGUAUAAACUGUAUUACGUAGGGUUUUUUCUGUUUGGUGUAAUGUUUACGAUUGUUCACUUAAUGUUUCACUAGAAAAAGUGAUUUGUUAGUGUAAAGUAGAAAACUCUUUUUGCAAAGAUCUAAACACUUACGGAAAUUAAAAAUGUUAUAGAUUUUUAUUAACAGCCAUAACAUACCUGGCAGAUGCAAAUGACCUAUUCCUGUCAUUACUUAUUAACAUAACUUUCACGUGUUCAGAACUGGAACCAUCAAUCAUUCAACCGAAAUCGGUAGGACUAGAACAUUUGUGUGAUGUUGAUUACACACACAGAUGCUUGCAGGUCCGGUCUCUUUGUUCAAGCUUCCUUUGUAGUUUUAAAUUACUCUUACAAUGGGGUCUUACAACUUAUAACACUGCUGUACCAAAUCCUUUACAUCUUAAAAUUCAACUUCUGUUGUGAACAUCGUCAAGCUCUAUGACCUGUAAUAUUCUGCACCUUUUAUAAGUUAAGCUAAUGCUUCCAUUUGGAACUUUCUUUAGUAGUUUAUAAUACGUAAAGGAAAUCAAAUAUACGUGUAUGACCUCUACAACUGAUCAUCUCCUUGAAACAUCCACGCUCAGAACCAGCUUAGAAGGUAGAAAUGGUAAUGCAAGUGAUUCUUACAACAGUUAGUAAAGCACGUACUUCAGAUCCUCAGCCAGAACAUUACAGGGAGCGUUGCUGACAAUACAAAUGCUAACACUGACAGAUCACUUUUUUUAAAUAAAGACUGUCUGCGCGUUGAACUGUGUAAAAGCGUUUUCCUGUUACAAGUCAAACAAUUUACUGGACCAGGUUCAAGUUUUAUUCUAAAUAUAUAAUUUUUUAAGUGUAACUAAAAGCUGUAUUUUCCAUUAAUGUGUUUCUGCGUUGACUAGCUGCCUCCUUUUUAGAAUAUUAACUGUUUUCUGUAUUUGACUUGUUGGAUACAAUAUUUCAAUUAUUUUAAAUGUGAAAUUUCCGAUUGCCAACACUGUAUAAUAAAAUUUAAAAA